AGUAUUAUCAAUCAGGCGACCUGUCGGGGCAGCACAAUCGGUACAAGAAGAAUGGGUCCUUAUUGCCAACGGAAAGGGAUGUGACCACCAGGUUGGGUGUUCAGACUGGCCAGGUUACGGGCCACAGAAAGGCAACUUGACGCUCCCUGGAUAUGAUGGGCGGUAAAACGAGCGCGAUUGCUGCCGGGGUCUGCGGGGCUGUGUUCAUCGGCUACUGCAUUUACUUCGACAGGAAACGGAGGAGUGACCCGAACUUCAAAAAAAGGCUCCGGGAACGGAGAAGGAAGCAGAGGGCAGUCAAGGAGAAAUCUGGACUGGCCAAGCUGCCGGACUUGAAGGACGCUGAGGCCGUGCAGAAGUUCUUCCUGGAGGAGAUUCAGCUGGGCGAGGAGCUGCUGGCACAAGGCGACUUCGUGAAGGGAGUGGAUCACCUGACCAACGCCAUCGCGGUGUGUGGCCAGCCGCAGCAGCUGCUGCAGGUGCUGCAGCAGACCCUCCCCGCGCCCGUGUUCCAGAUGCUUCUAACCAAGCUCCCCACCAUCAGCCAGCGGAUCGUCACUGCGCAGAGCUUGGCUGAAGACGACAUCGAGUAAGAGGGCGGAGCCGGCCACUGGCUCCCAACCUUCACCGUCCACCGACUCCGCCCCUCUCCGAAGCCCCGCCCCCCCCCCAUGGACUCCAGGCGUCAAAAGCCGAAAGAGAGUUUCUGAACUGUACUUCCACACGCCCAUUUUCUGUCCCCUCAUGCAACUGUUUUAGUCCGUCUUUGUUUAUUUUGACACCACCCCCCUUCCGCUUCGUCUGAGGUUAUGUCAACGAUUGCUGCGUUCGUGAGUCCUUGAAGUUCAUGUCCUGGAAGGGAAGGGUGUGUAAUGGGCACGUCAAAUGUGAAAUCCUACUCGCAGAUAAGCUGGAAAAAAACCGCAAACUCGUGCGCCUGUCCAAAUGAGUUUCUAACCUGUCCCAUAUUUGGACAGAACUCCCAAUUAAAGUUAAAAUAAAACAUUUAAAAAUUGCA